CUUGUCAUUAAAAGUACUCAAAGCACCUGUUUUUUAACUGGAGUUUGUCACUCUUGAAGAGCGUUUUCAUAAUUUAUGUUACAAAACCGAAAACGUUUAUUAGUUGCUCAAUCUGAAUAAACUUCUGGGACUUUGUUUCUGGUGGCUAUGGCAUUUAAAGUAUUUACGUAAUGGUUUGGGCAAGGGGGAAUCUUUUGGCCUAAAGGUGUGCUCAGCUCAGGUUCCUGCGUUAUCUUUGGACGACCUUGAAGAAGCUAGCACGUAGGAGUUAGGCCUUUCUAGGAGAUUUUUUGUGGGGGCUGGGGAGGAAGCUACUCAAGGGGAUGAUACAAGGUAACGGCUAGCUGUCCCUGCUAGCUUUUCCUAGUUCCUGAGAACUGGGAUUGACCUGCUGGUUACCCCUCUUAGAUUUUCUUUUCAAGCUAACUUUUUUUUUUGGUAUGUGGCCCCAGGCAUAGCUCAGAAAUUAUGCUGGUUUGACACAUGGAUGCUUCUUUGGUAUUUGGGGUUUGCUUGCAGUCUAGACAUCCGAUAAGCAGCACCGUGUCUGUUUCUUUCCUUAUUGCUCUUGUAUUUUGAUCAUGUUUAAGGGUUAGAAUCUAAAAGUGGCCUUUACUGAAAAAUAAAAAUAUCCUUUGAGGGCCACGCCCACACAUACCAGACUGUCCAUACAAAUUGAAACCAGUUUUGUGCUUUCAUUGUUAAGCUAUUCAGUAUACUCUUUUCGCCCAAGUUUUGGUUGACCGAAUGACAAAUACCUAAAGGCUGCCAAUAUUAGUACAUUUCUGAAAUGAAUAGAAACAUCUUGUCAAGAGAAUGAGAAACUUCAGAUUUAAUAACCUUAUGGCUUUCCUUUGGGGAGUUAUUUCUCUGGGUCAGGUAUUUAUUAAUAAAACGCAUAUGAGGAGCUUUGCCAAUACACUGAGAUUCUUUAAUUUGUUUUCUUAAUUAGUAUUUCAUAGCCGAGUUACAGCUAGAUUUCAGUGUUCUGAGAAACUUCAAAUGUAUCUAGAGUUUAAGGCUUCUGUUUUAAAUAUCAGAUGAUAUGUGCAGCAGAGAUUUGGUUUAUCAAGGUAAAUGAGUUGAGAGUGGGAAAGACACAGACAAGGUCUCUGCUGCCUUCUCGUUUUGCAUUACUUUUGCAAGAGAUUGGAGAUUAAAAGUUCAAUACAUAGUAUGUUCUAGAAUCUUGGGUGGGCCUCAAGACUGCUGUUGCAAAGUACUAUUCUGUAUAUCUGGAACCUGAAUGAUCAGUUUUUUCUCUAGAGUUGGCAGUCAGACCCUGGGAAAACCUGGCUCAUAAGCUCCCAGUCAGGCAGAUUUAUGUCACAAAAGCAUUUUGAGAAUGAUUUUCCAUGUAAAAUAAGUUUCUCACUGGGAAAAACUUAAAAGCUAAUUUGAAAUGUAGACCAACGUCAUAAGCUGUUGCAAGGACAAAUUAAUUUACUGUGCUAGGCACAUAGUAGGUUGCUUUAAAAGUAUUACAUUUUUUUCCCCUAAGCAGUGCUAGGCAUAUAAUUGGCUAAGAAGGAGGGAAGUAUAUUUGUUGAGGCACUAGGUUAGUGUUCAGAAGUCUAUGGGGUUGAAAAGACGUGAUCCAAAGACGCUUGGUUUCCAAAGACGUGAUCAUCUUAAGCAAGUCACUUUGUUUGUAGUCAGAUUUUGUCAUCUGCAAAAUAGCAAUAAUCAUACCUGGUUCUCAGGGAUGUAAAUAAGUAAAUCAUGUUCUUGGUAAUACAACCUGUUGUCCUCACAACUUUGGAAAGUAGAUAUUUUGCAGAAGACAAAACAGGUUUGGAUCAGUUUCCUUGCUGGAAUACAUAAUUUAGUAAAUGAGAAGUGGAAAGAAUAAUUGUUUUUGGCCCCAUCCCCCACCUUCAGAAACUGUUUCUGGGAAGGCACUGCCUUAAACUCCUGGUUGCCAAUCUAAUUCUGAUUCAACCAGGUAACAUCAGAAAGUCCAGUGGAUAUCUAGAAAAUACCAUCUUCUUUCUGAUUUGUCCACAAGAGUGUCCUGUUAUAAAUUGAAAAUAUUUUGUUAUCUUUUGGUUCUCCAGUUUCUCUUUUUCAGUUUCCCUUUUAAUUGAAUCUGCAACUGAGUGGUUUUCUGUAUUAUGGAAAUGCAGCUAAUCCAAAAGAAGGGAGUUUAUUUUCAAGGGAGAGUUUUCUUUUUGUACUAGAAAUAUAGAAGUCACAGACACAUUUGCUAUUACAUAUUCAAGUAAAAAAGUUGCAGUUUAACUAAAAUAAUUUUUUUAGCUUCAUAUUUAGUUGUUUCCACCUACUAUAAGUUUGCUUUGGCUUAAUGUUAUUUUAAUUUGGUUGAUGUUAAUGUAUGCUGAGUUUAAAUAGCUCUCGUUUUGAGAUUCAUUUCUACACACAUUGUUCUCUUAAUCCUCCCUUCCUCUACACAUGCCUGCUUGAAAUCAGCAAGAAAUAUUUUUUCUACCAAUUGUUAUGAAAACGUUGACUUGUUUACUAUUAGUCUUUUCUGAUUCAAGUCAUUCAUUUGGUUUAUAUUUCUUGGAAAUCUUUAAAGCCCACUUUUUUUGGGGGGGUGCAAAAGUCUAGAAACUAAAUGUUAAAGAAAAAUGACAUUGUUCACAACAUCAGUUUUUUUUUUAAAUGCCCGUCUUUAUUGUGGACACCAUUCCUAUUUCAUGCCCUUAAAAACACUGUUCAACUCCAUUUUGUCUACCCCACACUUCUUAGCAAGUUCCACCCAGUUCUGUAUACGAUGUACAGUCAGCACCUGGUUGUAAUGUAAGACUUAUUAAUUGUUUCUGUCCUGUAACAGUUUAUCAUUGAGUAGAGGGAGCAAUCCCCUGGAGGAAGGCAUGGCAACCCACUCCAGUAUUCUUGCCUGGAGAAUCUCCACGGACAGAGGAGCCUGGUGGGCUACAGUCCAUGGGGUUGCAGAGUCUGACACCAGUGAUUGACUAAGCACAGAGGGAACAAUACCUUAAACUUAAGUACGUGAAAUCCAGUGUGUUUGUUAGGAAUGGAAAGGUUUUGUAAAAAGAUGUAAUUCUCAAGUAAUUUCUUAGGUUAAGAGGAUGAAGGAGAGACCAUUUGGACAGAAAUAGCAGCCUUAAGUAUUGAUGUGGCUAGUUAUUAAGGUUGAUUUGACACUCCUGGAAUAUCAGAAUUCUAUGUUGGGAGUAGCUGGUAGACGGGACUAGAUCCUGAAAAGCUUUGAAUUUCUUGCCAAGGAGUUUGGAUAUUAUCCUGAUACCCAAGUGUUGGUACCUUGAAAGGAAUAUUAAUAUUUGAACUUUUUAGGACGAUACCACCUAUUUGAAGGAUGUAGCCUUAUAAGUCAGUUAUGAGGCUCUGACAGAAAUUCAGACACUGUAAUGAGGGACAGACAGACAAUGGGAUGGAAGGAACGUGAACCAGAGAAGUGAGAGUAGAAGCAGAUGCUCCAGGACUUCAUCAUGGAGAUGGUAGAGAUCUUGCAGAAGAUGAGAAGGGAGAGCCUGGUUGACUUUCAGAUUUUUUAUGUGAUUAUAUGGAUUAAAGCCAGGUUAGGUGAACACACAAAGAAUGUGUUUGGAAGAGAAGACUAUAUAAUCAGGAGGGCAUUGCAUUUAAAGGUUAGGACUGCCAGUCCUUGUGCUUCAGAGAGCUUUAGGAACUUUCCUGAGAUUUGGGUUAGACCAGCUAUGAGCUUUCUUAACAUUUUUGUCAAGUUUGAAAAUGGAGAACAACCUUCAUGGAAAGGAAUAUGGUCAUUUCAUAAACUUAAAAUCUCUGGAAAUUUUAAGUUCCUCCUUCCCCACAAACUUGUUCUUAAAACCUUCAGAAAUCAGGAUUCUACCCUCAUUUUAGUUAGUUGGGUGUGUCUUGGGACAGGUAAGAGUUUAUAUUUCUAUAAUGUGCAAGUCAUAAAUUUAAGGAAAUAAAUGGUAUACAUACACUGAUGUUUUCAUAUUCUUGCUCCACAGCAUUCCUGGAAAGUAGAAGUAAGAUUUUACCCUAAUAUUACAGAGGACAAAAAAUUUGAGGUGACUGUCUAUUCACUUGUAAAGACACAAGCAGAAAUAUAGACUCCAGUUUGACUUCUUCAUCACACUCAUAAUAGUCACAUUUCUUAACUAAUAAUCAUACUUUAAAAGCAAAUAAAUACUAUCCUCCCAACCUUUAACUUUCUCAUUCACUGGAAUUUCUCCUAAUCUGGUAUUGGAAUACCCAGUUUUGUUUUGUUUUUACAGUAUCAAAAUGGGAAGACCUAGUAUUUGGUUUUACACUAAAACUCAGAGACCUGGAUUUGUGAUUUUUAUUUUUAGCCUGUGCUAUGUCAGCUGAAGACUUAAUUUCUGAGUUUGACCCCUUUCCUGUAGGAGGAGUUCUAGGGUCUUCUACUGAGCGUAGAUUCCAUAGGCAGCACUGGAUAAAUAUUUUAUCAUAUAAUUUCUCAGUCUGGGUACAUGUUUGGAGAAGCUUUUGGCAGACAAGUGGGCAUCCACCACCUCUUUCUGUUUUUCUCCAGGCAAGUUUAAAUUUUUAAAUUUCACUUGAAAAAGUGAAUUAAUAAAUUCGGAAACUUUGGUGUUGGGAUGUGGAUAGGUAUCUACUAGAAGCAGGUAAAAGGAAAUAGUAGUGUUUGAUUGCCCUAUGGUUUUCCUUAAGCACUGCUGAAACAUCUUUUUGUAGGGGAAUACUGUAACCAAGUGGCCUAGCAGUGGGAGAACAAAACAAUCCUAUUUGACCCUUUGUGAAGAGUGUUGCUACAGUCACACUGUUAGUGUUUCCUAGAACCUGUACUUACAUGUGAUUAAAGAUAGCAUACCGUUGACUAAAAUGGUGUCGAAGGUGGCAUUACCAGUUUCAGGCACUCGAGAUGGCACUUAACUUUGGAUCAUAAGUGCUUUUUCGUAUUUAUUUCUCUUCCUUUCCCAUAAUCAUGCCGUUUAAAGUUCAGCUCUAAAAAAUGCAUCUCCUUCCCUUCAGAGUUGUCUUUGGUUGCUUGGUUCCUUUCCUCUUUGUUCACUGCUGUUUCCUUCCCACUUUACAAAUCUUUUGCUUGUCUCGUCUCUGCAGUUUCCUUCCCAUUCUGUUCUCUCUGUUCUGAUUUUACUAGUCUAUUCUGUAUGCUCUCUUGUGGAAUAUAUUUGCUAAUGUGUAUCUCUUCAUCUGUAUGUCUUUGAGGAAGUUUAUUUAAGUUCUUUGGGCUUUUUCAGAUUCCUCUUUAGUUAAGUCAAGAUAUGUGAUGAUGACUAAAGUUUUGGGGUGUGCUGCUCUUUAUUAAAAAAAAAAAAUAGUAUAGAAGGGAGUAAAGUGAAAGUAAACCUCCUUCAUCCUUGCACCCCUCAGAGACCGUUGCUAGUUAUUGGUUCUUAAACGUCUAUUUUAAAAAGCCAGGUUGUGUAUUCAAGAUCUCAUUAAAAACAUACUAUAUAACAAGAUAUCUUAAAAAACUUCCCUCCCUGCACAUGUUGUAGAUCUACUGCCUUCUUUUAAGGGCUGAAAGGGUAUCCUGUAGUAUGAAGACACCAUACUUUAACCAGUCUGAGAAUCCAUGGACAUUUACAUUGUGGUGCAGUGGUAAAGAAUCUGCCUGGCAGUGCAGGAGAUACAGGAGAUGUGGGGUCGAUCCUUGGGUCAGGAAGAUUCCCUGGAGGAGGAAAUGGCAACUCUAGUAUUUUUUCCCAGAAAAUUCCAUGGACAGAGAAGACUGGCUGGCUAUAGUCCAAGGGGUCACAAAGAGCUGGACACAGUGCCUGAGCAUGUAUGCACGCACACUAUUUUAUGUGUGCUUUUUUUAGAAAAGAAGUCUAGGUCAUUUGGUUUUUUAGAAAAAAUGAUUAGAAGCUAUACGGUUUGGUCUCUUGAAAAUGAAGAACAAUUGAGAAAUGUUUUAAUUUGGGAGGUUGCACCCCUAAUUUGUGCGUCAGAAUUUCACUUCUCAAGAUGGUAUGGACAAGUUACAACGGUAACUAUGAAAGCUGAUUUAUCAUCAUCUUUGGCAUAUUUACUUCUGUUUUCUUCUACCUGGUCUAUCCAGUGCAUUUUGAAUUUUGAAAAAACAAUUUUAAAACAUUUGUUUAUUUUGUUUCUUGGAUGUGUUGCGUCGUCUUUGCUGCACUGGAACUUUCUCUGGCGCAGCAAGCUGGGCUGCUCUCUAGCGUGGUGCGCGAGCUUCUCACUGCGGUGGCCUCUCUUGUUGUGGAGCGUGGACUCUAGGCAGGGCGUGCAGCCUCAGCAGCUGUGGCACAGGGCACGUGGAAUCUUCUUGGAUGAGGGUUGGAACCCAUGUCUCUGCGUUGGCAGGCGAAUUUUUAACCACUGGACCACCAGGGAAGCCCCUGAAAGGUAUUUUUGAAUAUAAGAAAAACAACUACCCAGAAGGAAUCUAGAAAAUGGAAUUGGGAAAGUUAUUACAUUGGAGGAGCUAUUGGUGUCCUUCAAAGCAUACCAACUGAGGUGAACCUAAUGGAUGUUACAUACAUCAUAAUAAGAACCUUCUCCAUUUUCCUAAGUGUUAAUUAAAAUCACACCCUUAUCAGAUUUGAAAGAUAAGAAAAUACUCUGCAGAAUUAAGAUCUUCAUCUCACUGUCUCCUAAUUCCAUGUUAGAAAGGGUACUAAAAGCUCUAAAAUUUGCAUUUUUCAAGAUUCUUCAUACUGUUUCUUAGUUUAUACCAAAUCAUACUGUUCCUUAGUUGAUACCAAAUCAAGUAUUUGGUAUUACUAAAAAUUAAAAGAGAUCAUCUUUAAGCUUGGAACUAUCAGAAAACUUCUUAUACAGCCUUUUACUAUUGGUUGUGAAGAUUACUUCACCAUCAUGUUAUACUGUGCUCGGCAAGCUUACAUUACGUGUGCUAUAUUAAGUGUACUAAGACAUCAUCCUGCUCUUUGGGUUCAUAGUCUCAUUAAAUCAGAUUAGAAUUGGCUCUUUUGUAUCUUGAUAAACAGUGGUAACUUCACGCUUUCCUUGCUUCAACACUAAGGAUGCAUUUCCCCAUCCUUUCAUUAAGUUGAUCAUUGAAUUUUUAUGAAAUUUACAGUUUUAAAGUAGAUGAAACCCCAGUAAGUCAAUCAAAACAAAUGUUCAAAAUUGAUUGUUGUGUUUUAAAAACUCACAUUGCUGUCUCUGUAUGCUAUUUGUUCAUGUAAUUACAGUUAUUUCUCUUAUGGCUUUUGCUGACUUAGCUAUUAACUUUAAUCUCUGAGAUUGAAUUAAAUUGGACAGAACAGUAAUUUCAGCAUGGUUGGUUUGUCUUUAACUGUUAUAAUAUUUUUUAAAAAUUGUGGCUUUUUGGCUGACAGUAGGUAAAGAAAUGUCAGUGAAAGUGCUUUAUCAAACAUGAAGUACUGUACAAAUGACAGUUUUUUAAAAAAGUUUAAUCCACACAUUUAUUGAGUACAUAUUACAUGAUUGACAAUAUUCUAGGUGCUGAGGUUACAAAGAUGAAUAAAGUCAAGAGAAUUCCAAACCCAAUCUUUUUAUUUUUAGAAACAAGCUUAUUGUAAUAAUUUAUAUAUCAUAAAAUUCACUCUCAAAGUAUACAAUUCAGUAGCUUUUAGUAUAUUUAGAGUUUUGCAACCACCGCUACUGUCUGUUUUUAGAAGGCAAAUGACAGUUUUUAAAUCAGCAUUUUAAGUCUUUUAUUUUUGCCUUUAUUUCAAAGGUAAAAUUUUUUCUGAUUCUGCAAAUACUUGCUUAAGGGUGAUAUUAUAUGGAGUCUACUCUCAUCUGUAACUAUUCAUCAAUUAGGAAGCAGAUGGCAUUGGCUUCCUUCUAUUAAAGCACUGCUGAGUGAUGUGACAUCUGUAAGAAUACAUGCAAAAAUCACUAAUAAUUUGAACAAAUAGGUUGUUCUGGAGGAAUCAUUUAAUAUUGCACAAAUGUAAGCUUAGGAAAGAAAUACUCUUUUUUAAAAACUGAAGUUGAUUCAGUUUUAUUGUUACUUAUUAUUUUUAUUAUGUUAAUUUCAGGUGUACAAAACAACAUAGUGAAUCAGUGUUUUAUAGGGAAGAAGUAUUCUAAAGACCACUUAGUUUGUUGAGAUAAUAGAAAUCCCAAGUUUAAAAUCAAAUUGUGCCAUGCUCACUCACAACCUUCUCAAAUAUAUAAAGUAACUUGGUUUCAGAGCCAUUUUGUGUCUAGUUUUUUCCCAGAGAUUAGAUAAGAUUUUUUAUUUUUUGAAACAUUAGUGGGUCUGUAGGUUUUGUGAAAACUUUCACUCUCUGGCCUCCCCAAAGCUCAAAAUGGUUAAACACCAAUCACUGCUUAAGUGGGUUGCUUGUAAACAAAGCCCAAAAUGAAACCCCUGUGUAUUUACUGCAGAUUCCCAGGUGCCUCUCAAGUGCAGGAAUAAGCUCAGAAAAGGUUUACUAGGUUUAUUAAGUAAUCAUCCAUUAAAAGGCUCAUGUGCUUGUGUGUUGCAUCAGGACAGGUGCCUGCCUCCUUGCUGCACUUAGCACUGAAAGAGGGUGAGCCCUAGAAUUCAGACUCCCCACUCAGCUGUUUAGGCAGAGAAUUUUGUCAGGAAAAACAAGGUUGCAGAGCUACAUAAAAGAUAUCAACCAGAAGACAUCAGGCUAUUAGAUUUUCUCUGAUGUCUAAGAAGAACAUUUCUCAGGCUGAAGAGUGGAUUGUUUCACUUACUCUUGGGCUAUUGCCCAGAAGAAAAGAUGUUUGGUUUUCACAAGCCAAAGAUGUACCGAAGUAUAGAGGGCUGCUGUAUUUGCAGAGCUAAAUCCUCCAGUUCUCGAUUCACUGACAGUAAACGCUAUGAAAAGGAUUUCCAGAGCUGUUUUGGGUUACAUGAGACUCGUUCAGGAGAUAUCUGUAAUGCCUGUGUCCUGCUUGUGAAAAGAUGGAAGAAAUUGCCAGCAGGAUCAAAAAAAAACUGGAAUCAUGUGGUAGAUGCAAGGGCAGGACCCAGUCUAAAGACUACACUGAAACCAAAGAAAGUGAAAACUCUAUCUGGAAACAGGAUAAAAAGUAACCAGAUCAGUAAACUGCAGAAGGAAUUUAAGCGCCACAAUUCUGAUGCUCACAGUACAACCUCAAGUGCCUCUCCAGCUCAGUCUCCCUGUUACAGUAACCAGUCAGAUGAUGGCUCAGAUACAGAGAUGGCUUCUGGCUCCAACAGAACGCCAGUGUUUUCCUUUUUAGAUCUCACAUACUGGAAAAGACAGAAAAUAUGCUGUGGCAUUAUCUAUAAAGGCCGUUUUGGGGAAGUCCUCAUCGACACACAUCUAUUCAAGCCUUGCUGCAGCAAUAAGAAAGCAGCUGCUGAGAAGCCGGAGGAGCAGGGGCCAGAGCCUCUGCCUAUCUCCACUCAGGAGUGGUGACUAAGCUUUAUGUAGAAGGGGAGCAAAAACGAUUUAAAUUUUGGAAAACAAAGCAACAAAAUGACCCUCCUAUUUUUAAUUUGGAUACCUGCUAUUCUGCCAAAAGAUGGAUUUGUAGAAUAGUUUUGAAUGGGUUAUUUUUCCUCCAGUUCCACAAACUCUGAAGCCAGUGAAGCUUACUAAGAGAUAAAAAAGAAGUGUACAUAAUAUUUAAGAUGCUGAGUAUUUCAUAGGAAAGCUGAAUGCUGCUGUAAAGUGCUCUUUAAGUCUUUUUUAAAAAUCCCCUUCUAAUGAAUGAAAUUAGGGGAAUUUUCAGGGGACAGAGAUGGGAUUUGUUGUAUGAUAAACGUAUGUAGUUUUAGUCUUUCUAUUUUGAGAAGCAGUGGUUGGGGCAUUUUUUAAGAUGGCUGGCUACACUUGUUUUCCUUCAUUAUAAUAAAUUUGUCAUAACUCAGUAAACAUGGACUUGCCUCUAGAGGUAGUGGUUAAUAACUGAAAUAUUAAGGUCUUGCCAAGGUUCUGGUGAUUCAAACCUGUACUACUGAAUAUUAAGCAGGACAGACAGCUCUCUGGUGCGAGUAUCUUGAAGGAGUAAUUUCUAAAUAUGCAGAGGUAACUUGACUGUAUAUGUUGCAUCCUGUGUCACCUCCCUCCAUAUUGGUAUUUGAUACAGAUUUUAAUUUAUAUGAAACUUAAAAGGCAGAAUCAAAACUUAAAGCAGAAUCAAAGUUCCUCUUGGGGAAAUGUCAAGUCUUUAGGAUAAGCAAUCCUACAUGAAUAGUACCAAAGCAUUACCACUUGGUAGAGAACAUUCUCUAUUAAAAAUGUUAUAUUAUCUGAAAAAUAACAAUGUGCAAGUCUUUAGGAUGGCACACGAGAAAAACAGGUUAAUGCUUCUUGGGGCACGUUUCUUAGAGGGCUUGCAAGUGUGUAAAUAAUUUGUUUAUGUUACGUGAUUGGUGACUUCACUGAAAAUCUGCACAAUUCAGUUUUAGCUCUGGAUUACUUCAGUUGACCUUUGUGAAGGUUUUAUCUGUGUAGAAUGGUUGUUUGACUUGUUUUAACCUGUUAGGGUUUUGGGAUUUUUGGGGUUUUUUUUUUUUUUUUUUUAAUUCUAUAUUAAAGUAAAAUUCUACUAAAAGAAAAGAGGUGUGUGUUAAUGCUGAGUGGGUUGGUUUUGGUUUGGCUUCUUUUAGUCAGGCUUUCUGAACAUUGAGGUGUUAGAUGAUACAUCCUAAAUGUGGAGCUCUUCCAUUCUGAAACCUUCAUUAAAAGCCUUUUACUUGAACCCAAACCAAAGUACUAUCUAUUGCCUCUUUUCUAAAAGUACAGGAAAAAUAUAUCACCUGUUUUCAUAACGAGGAAGCAUCAUUUGCCUCCCUGGUAAAACAUGACUCAGUACUUAUUUUUAAAACUGGAUUUUAAAGAUUGGAUAGUAUACAUAACAAGAGAGUGAGCCACUUUUUAUGGGCACCCUAUAGUUUUAUAGUUCUUAAUCGAAACUUAAAGUUUUAUAUUUCUUCCUUUGGAAAAAACUACAAGCCACCAUAUGCACAGACUACACAUGAGUUGGGUCAGUGCUCCCGCAGACUUUGAGGUGUAUUACAAGAACCCCAGCCAUUAUCAUCUUCCUCCUGAGUUAUUUUGAAAUUUUUUUUUGUACAUUUUGGCUGCAGUAUUGGUGGUAGAAUAUACUAUAAUAUGGAUCAUCUCUACUUCUGUAUUUAUUUAUUUAUUACUAGACCUCAACCACAGUCUUCUUUCCCCCUUCCACCUCUCUUUGCCUGUAGGAUGUACUGUAUGUAGUCAUGCACUUUGUAUUAAUAUAUUAGAAAUCUACAAAUCUGUUUUGUACUUUUUAUACUGUUGGAUACUUAUAAUCAAAACUUUUACUAGGGUAUUGAAUAAAUUUAGUCUUAUUAGAAAAUAAAA